AUGACCUUGACCCUGGUGCCCCUCGUGUGCGCCGUGGGGGUGGCGGGCAACGCCAUGGUGGUCCUGGUGGUGGUCCGGAGCCGCCACACGGUCACGUCCACCAACUGUUACCUGGUGAGCCUGGCCACCGCGGACCUGCUGGUGCUCCUGGCGGCCGGAGUGCCCACCGUGACCGAGGCGGCCUCCGCCCGGGUUUGGAUCUUCGGCCACUCCGGCUGCCUGGGCAUCACCUACCUGCAGUACGUGGGCUUCAACGCGUCCACGGGCUCCAUCACCGCGUUCACGGUGGAGCGCUACCUCGCCAUCUGCCGCCCUCUGAGCGCCCAGGCUCUGUGCCCCGCGGCGCGGGCCAAGCGCAUCGUGGCGCUGGUGUGGCUGGGCACCGGCGCCUGCUGCGUGCUCUGGCCCUUCUUGGUGGACACGCGCGAGGCCGCGUACGCCGACAGCGUGCAGGGUCAGUGCGGGCACCGCGUGGCGCGCUCGCUCUGCCUGCCUGCCUACUUCCUGGACAUGGCGCUCUUCCACGCGCUGCCCCGGGCGGCCACCGUAUGCUACGCGCUCAUAGCGCGCGUGCUCUUCGCGGGGCCGCUGCCUCCUGGCGACCCCCCGCGGGCCAAGGGCGCUUGUCUUCCCGGCAGGAGGGGAGCCCUCAACUCCCGGAAGCUGGUCACCAAGAUGCUGGCUGUGGUGGGGGUCCUUUUCGCUCUGCUGUGGCUGCCCUACCAUGCCCUGGUGGUGGUGAAUUCCUUUCUAAGCCCGCCCUACCUCAACCUUGGCUUCCUUCUCUUCUGCCGCCUUUGCAUCUACGUGAACUGCGCCGUCAACCCCAUUGUCUACGCCCUCAUGUCCCAGCGUUUCCGGGAGGCCUUCCAUGGGCUGUUUCAGUACCAUCUGGCCCGGCCCAAGGCCCCGCCCCGGGAGGCCAGCCUUGUUUACUACGGGGUCAUCAGAGACUGUUCCCAGCACAGACUGGGCUCUUGGAAGAAACCAGGGGGCGUGAUGUCCAGACAGGAAGGGGAUCCUGCCACUUCACGGUGA